GGCCGCCCCUCCCCGUUCUCCCUCCGCCUCCUCCCCGUUUGAGCACGGAUGGAGCUCGCGCGCUGACCGUCUGCUGCGCACAACCGGGCUGCGCGGCUUCUCAUGGCCACCUCCGGAGAGCCCGACCGGACCCUUUUCGUGGGGAACUUGGAGAGCCGCGUGCAAGAGGAGAUUCUUUAUGAGCUUUUCCUGCAGGCUGGACCAGUGACCAAAGUGACCAUAUGCAAGGACAAAGACGGAAAACCCAAGACUUUUGGAUUUGUCUGCUUUAAACACACAGAGUCAGUGCCUUACGCCAUGGCUUUGCUGAAUGGAAUUCGUUUAUAUGGAAGACCAAUUAAAGUGCAAUAUCGGUUUGGAAGUUCACACUGUCCUGAGUUAAGCAACCCUUGCAAGAAUAUGGAAAAUGAUGGACAAUCAUCAGUAUACAGGAAUAUAGACCCUUACAGUGGUGCUCCAUUCACUGUUAGUCCUUUUCAGAUGAAUGAUAGUCCACAUCACAGUUAUUCUGCCUUUCAAAAUAUGAUGACCUAUUUCUUAGCACAGCAAUAUACUCCUUUUAGUCCAAUGGGACAGCGGUUUCCUUACUAUCAGAUGACAACACCACCACCAUUUCCAAGUUUUCCUGUAUCACCCUACCUGAAUCCAAGGCAAGGCUCUUUUGAAUGUAUCUACCCAGAACCAAAGAACCACACACAGUAUCUAGUUGAGGACAAUAUGCCUAAAAGGAAAAGACCUCGGGAGAAAAGUGACAGUGACAGUAGCAUGGAAAAUGAUAGGAAAAAAACAAAGAGAAAAUGAAUAAAAAUAUAGUAACAUAAAUGUCAAUGAGCCUGACUACAUAGUUUCAAGAAACAAAGUUUCUCUGGUUUUCACUAAUUUGUUUUGCAAAAAAUAUGACAUGGUUAUUACGGUAACUUCAAUCUGAAGAAAAAUGUAUGAUUUGAAGCAAGGUAUUACACAGGCUGACCCCCAGCGCAAAAGGAGGGCAUAGCUUAAUUACUUUUUAUGCCUGAUCAACAACAAUUAAAACAGUGCAUACCUAACAAAGGAAUACUAGAAUCUGUAUUGUUUCACCUAGUGACUUUCUACAGUAAAAUGGGCUAACACUAAGUUUGGUGUGAUUUAAACAUUGAUUUUAAGGGUGCAGUUCUGUGCAGGUUUAGAAAGGAACAAAAGACCUAUAAUUCGGGAUAUCUGAAUGUUCAAACAUGUAAUCAAAACACUUUAUGCACAUAAAGGCCUAAUGUGUUGUAGGAUCUUUUUCCUAUUUAAACAAACAUAGGACUGUACAGAAAUAGUUUAUGAUUUGUAUUGUCCUGCUUUUCCUACAUGCCUCCUGGAGUUCAGCCAAUUAAAUAUGCAAAAGUAGCAUGCGGAGUAGCUUUUCUUGAGCUCUGCCAUUUCAGAAUGCUAGCAGGAUAUUUGAAUGUUCAGACAUGUAAUCAAAACACUUCAUGCACAUAAAGGCCUUAUGUGUCAGGCUCAAGCUUAAGUUAAAGACACACUUAGUUAUGCUAGCUUUCCUGGUGGAAUAUAUUUAUUUUUUAUGCUAGGAAAGCCAUAAAUUCUUCGCUGACAGACCCUAAAUUGUUGAAUUAUUAGUUAUUUCUGCAUGUUUGAACUGGCAGAGCUUGAUCCUGCAUGAUUUAUUUUGGAAGUACAGUGACUUCAGAGGAACUUGCUCUCAAAUAAGUACACACAUGAUUGCAGUCUCACUUGGAAAUAAUAACAUUAAAGAGUAUAAUAAGUAGGAUUUAAUGCUGAGUAAAUAUAUGUAUGAAAAGGAUGCCACAAUCUUUUACACAAUAAAAGACACAAAACAAGAAUAUGGCAGGCUAAUUCUCUUUUUGAAACAGGCAUGAGAAUAUCUGAAAAUAUUUAGCAAGACUUGAAUGAAUAUAGGAAAACUAAUGCAAAUAGCUAAAACAUUGAGUUUUCAUACAAUAUCACAAUGUAAUGCAAGCAUGUUUCUGGGUAAAAUCUACUUUUUUCAUACUUGUGCACAUUUGUUACUUUGAAUCUAAAGGUAGAGAAGAGAGAGGGGCAUUUGGAAACUGGCCAGUACCAUUUACGUUUGUGAGCAUGGCCCUUGAUGACAUGAAGAAGCAUAAUAUAUAUUUCGCAUUUGUAGAUCCACAAGGAUCCACUUGGCUUAGAUUGUCCAGACUCAGCUCCACUCCCCCCACCCCAAAUAUCUUUGCAGCUACAAAGCAGUCUCAACAAGCCAUGGCUUUUUGUAGGGUUUAUAACUUCCUGUUUUUGGCAUUUUGAAUGAAUCUGGAUGACACAAUAAAUGCAGGUAAAGUCCCAAAUCCAUCAGAGCUGCAUAGCACAAGGAGAGGCAGCAACUUCAGUGCUUCCAGUGUCCCCUGGGAUACCUGGAGGAGCACCAAGGAGGGAGUAGCUUUGGAACUAUGCCAAACCCAAUCAUUUGUCGAGCACAACAUGAGCCCUGGGGCAAAGAAGCCACGCUGUAUAGGUUUUGUGCAAUGUGCCUUGCUAAGUCAUAUGGACCUGCCCAAUAAAAUGUGACAGUUCCUCUGGCCUAUAGUGCUGUAGUUUGGCUCAUUUGGUUGUGGCAAUGGGUUACUUGCUUUUGCUCUGUUAUUCUGUAGUACUGGCCUAAAAGACUUCUCUGCCUUGUGGCAAGAUCCUUGCUAACCAGCCAUGCCAUACUCAUUUGAGUUCAAACGGUGGAUUUGCUUUUUACAAUUUACACUAUUUCUUGUAUUCAGGUUUUGUGGCAAAUUUCUUACGGUCUCACUAGCUGCCUGUUGGAAAAUGAGUGUCUUAUGAAUGCUCAUGCCCACCAUAGUGAUCAUUUCAUGAAGUGACCAGCCACCACAUGGCAGGCAUUUGGGAAAGUGGAUGUGAUGCUCUCUCAAAAUCACAAAGUAUGCCCACUGACCAAAAAAAUGGGUGGUGGCCUUCCAAACACUGACAACCAAAUGAAGACAUGAUUGGUUUGUUUAUGCACCUUUUCAUGAUAACUGUAUGUUUCUCUCUUUUAUCCCCUCCCUGCAUAAGUCAAGUAUUGUUUUGGCAUCCCUACUUCCUUAUCAGCAUAUGUAUUCACUGAUUAUAAUUCCUUGGAAGGAAGAUGUCCUCACCUGCACCCUCCAUUGCAAAAAAAGUUAAAGUUAAACUAUAUGUUGGUAUUAAAUGUAUUAUUCCUGAA